AUGUCGAUUCUGCAGCACCCCUUCAUGACGGUCGCAUCUAAGGCGAUGGUGACCCGAGGCUUCAGCAGCCAGGUCGCGAAGGUUUGCCUGCUGGGUGCCUCUGGCGGGAUCGGUCAACCAUUGGCUCUGUUGUUGAAGAUGAACCCAGCCAUUAAGGAGCUAGCCCUGUACGAUAUUAAGCAGGCGGCUACACCUUGCAAGGGCGUGGCCGCCGAUAUCAGUCACAUUGACGCUAAUGCUAAGGUCACGGGCUAUGCUGGUGAGGAGGAGAUUGGCGAGGCUCUGAAGAACGCCAAGCUUGUUAUUAUGACCGCUGGUGUACCCAGGAAGCCUGGCAUGACCAGAGACGAUCUCUUUGGAAUCAAUGCUAAGAUCGUUAUGGGCUUAGCGAAAGCAUGCGGAGAACACGCGCCCAAGGCGACCUUGUGUGUGGUCUCUAACCCGGUCAAUUCGACGGUACCGAUUGCGGCUGAGACGUUGAAGAAGUUGGGGGUUUUCGACUGGCGUAGUUAG